AGCUCUGGAAGCAUGUCGACGAAAGCCCCCCUCCUUCUUUCGUGUCAAGCUAGAGGGAUGCGGCAGCAAAACCAGCACUUUCAAAACCCCUCAAUAUUCGGGCUUUUGUUAAUUCCUCAACCAAGUCCACCAUCAAACGAAAUUCUUUCAGCGUCAGAAACAAAUCUACUACCGGCAAACCAUGGCGCAACCUCGGCUCGUCAUCGGCCUCGACUUCGGAACGACUUACACGGGUGUGGCAUACUGCGACAAGGAAAAUGCACCCACCGACCAGAUCGCCGUCGUCAACGAGUGGCCCGGCAUCGGGGCCGUCGGCAACAAGGAGAAGGCGCCUUCUCGCAUUGCAUAUGUGCCGCCGCCACCCGGCCAGACGACGGGCGGCACUAUUGUCUGGGGAGACCUGAUCAAGCCUCGGAUCAAGGCGCCCGUGCACGCGUGCAUGAAGCUGCGUCUAGACGACAAGCAGGCCGGCUCGCGGCAGCUCGCGCUCCUCAUGCGGAUCCUGACGUCCGACAUGGGCGGCCUGGACAUGAACGACAUCGACGAGGCCCUCGCCGGCAACGGCGGCGCGCCCCCGGCCUACCCGGGCAAGGACGUGGUGGAGAUUGUCGCAGACUAUCUGAGCCUGGUGCGGGACACGGCGUACCAGACCAUGAGGAACCGGUACGGCGGCGUGUUCGACGGCAUGCGCAAAGAGCUUGUCGUUACGGUGCCCGCCGUUUGGAGCGAGCGCGCCAAGGACCAGACCAUGAAGGCCGUGGCAAAGGCCGAGUGGGGCGUCAGCAAAACGUCCAUGAUCACGGAGCCCGAGGCGGCGGCCAUCUACACGCUCCGCGGCAUGUCCGAGAGCUCCAACAAGACGGAGAUGAAGGUUGGCGACACGUUCGUGCUCUGCGACGCCGGGGGCGGGACGGUGGACCUGAUCUCGUACAAGAUCACACAGGUCAGCCCUGCGUUCCAUGUCGAGGAGGCGGCCGUCGGCAGCGGCGACAAGUGCGGUGCGACCUACGUCGAGAAGGAGUUCCUCAACUGGCUGGAGGAGUGGCUUGGCACCGAGCGGUUCAAUCGGAUCCCGGCCGAGAAGACGCGCCACGGAAGCGUCAUGAUCAACGAGUUUGAGAUGAACAAGUGCCAGUUCACUGGAUCGGACAACGACAUGGCAAUCCGGCUUCCGAGCGAGGCUGGCAUUAUGGACGACGAUGACCUCCAGAUCGAGGACGGAAGUCUGUUCAUGAACGCAGAGCAGAUGCAAAAGAUCUUCGACCCCUGCGUCAAUAGGGUCCUUGAGCUUGUUGACGGCCAGGUCGCGGCCGUGAUGAAAGCCGGCCACGGGAAGCCCAAGAUGGUCUUUCUGGUGGGAGGCUUCGGUCGCAACAUCUACCUCUUCAAGAAGAUCCAGGAAUACUGUACGGCGCGCGGCAUGCAAACGCGUCAGCCGGCCCACCCAUGGUCUGCAGUAGCACGUGGCGCCGUCUGCCGCGGCCUGGAGACGGGCAGCAGCGGCCUGGUGGCGGUCCGGCUGGCGCGCAAGUUCUACGGCACGCCCGUCAGCAGGGUCUUCAACCCGUCCAUCCACAGCACGGCCGACAUGAUCACAGACGAGUACACGGGCCGCAAAAUGGCAAAGGCCCAGAUGGCGUGGCUGGUGGAGAAGUCGGACCGCCUGCCCGAGGACACGCCCAAGGAGAUCACCAUCGCCGUCAGCGCGCACUUUACGCUCGACGAGGAGCGCCAGCUCGGUGCCAUCCUCGCCGGCUGCAGCGAGGACGUUGCUCCGAGCCGGUUCGCGGAUGAUUCCGUCAAAAUCAUUUGCAGGGUGCGGGCAGACUUCAGCGACAUCCCCAUCAUCCGCUUCCCCAGAUCGACCAACCCGCGCACAGGCAAGGAGUACUUCGAGGUGGACUUCAAGUUGCAGGCCAGGCUCUCGGGUGGCGAAAUCAAUUGGAGGCUGAUAUUCCAAGGAGAGGAGUGGGGGAGCACGACGGUCAGCUACGACGACUAGGCACGCCUACCACCUAAAAGAAGGCAGUUUUACAAGUCCCAGCAAUAGAAUUCUUAAUAAUAUGGCCUCUUUUUAUUAAAUACUGUUCAUUUUAUUGUUCCUAUUGAUUUCAUCAUUCCUAUCCCUCUUCCUGUGGUUAUUCCUCUUUUAUUCCUAUCCCAGCUCUUGCAGUCCUCGCACCCUUUCUGUUGUCCAGGUGGG